AGCACCAUAGGGGGCGCGCGCUGAAAGAGGCGUGGUCACGCAUGCGCACUGUACGCGACUGUCACAAAAUGGCAACUGUCCGAGAGGCUGGGAGAGAGAACGGCAAGGGCGAGGCUCAGGACGAGGACUUGUGGUCGGCAAUCCUCAACGAUGUCGCCGCAUCAAGUUCGAGGAACGGACCCCAAGUGACAAAGACGCUGCUCGUUUUAGGUGAUGUUAGCUCGGGAAAGUCGACACUGAUAGACAGACUCUGCCAGAGAGCAAGGUCUCACCCAAUAGGGGCAAAAUUCCCUCUCAGCGGAUGCAGUUUGGAGUACAGAUUCAUAGACGUUCAGGACGAGGACACUGAUGAUUUCCUGGACCGUAUGGGAGUCUGGGUCUUGGACGGGGUGGUGUGGCACAGCCAGCUACUCCCAUUUGUCCUCAAGAAAGAGACGGUGGGCCAGACUAUGGUAAUGAUUGUGGUCGACCUCUCCCAGCCGUGGGCCAUUAUGGAGAGUCUCCAGCGAUGGGCCGAGGUAGUCCUCAAACACGUCAACUCACUCCACAUCAGCCCCCAAGACAGGAAGGACAUGGAAGAAAAUUUGGUGAAGCAGUUCCAGAGCUACUCCGACCCAGAGGAGCCGACCAUCACCACCAGCUCCGAGGAAGAAGGAGUGGUCCUACCUCUCGGGGACACCACACUCACCUGUAACCUCGGUCUCCCUCUCGUAGUCGUCUGCUGCAAGUCCGACUCAGUGUCAGAAUUGGAGAAGGUUCACGGCUACAGAGACGAACACCUGGACUUCAUACAGCAAGCGAUUAGGAAAUUCUGCCUCAACUGUAUCCAAACUCCCUCCUCUGUCACUCUCUCUCUCUCUCUGUGUCAUUCUCUCCCCCACUCUCUCUCUCCCUCUCUCUCUACCUCAUCACACAAACCACGUCCGAAGCAAACCAAUCAACUACACCCAAAGAGUACAACACACAAAAAGGGGACUCCAACCUGCGACACACUCUGCUCCGAGCAAAGACCAUACAACUAUACACGAGGGAGAUAGCCACCUGGAGCAGGUGUCCUUCAGCAGAUUCACAACAGCCACUGCCUCCAACCUCUCAGAUUCACAGGAGGUGCGGGUGUCCUCAUGUGUUCACGGCUGACUAUUCACCGCCGCUGCCCGCUAUUCACAGAGCAUUACAGCAGCGUCCGCCCAUGGCCCUCUCGAUCGGCAUCAUUCAUGAGAUUCUGGCACUAUUCACACGUGGAGCAUACAAAUCCCUUACUACAAUGCCAACACCUUUCCUUUAGUCAACACACGCUUUAAUGAGACACUCUUUAAUGGGACACACUUAUUUCAAUUGACAUAGCUCUCUCUCUCUCUCUCUCUCUCUCUCUGAUCUUUUACCAUUAUACCCAUGUAUGUAGCAGUAGUUAUGUGUCCUCCUCCUCUCUUCAUGAAUGAGCAGCAGUCAGUGACACCCAUGAAUCAUCGAAAUCCACGAUCGAUUGUUCUGCAUGUGUGUGUGUUGGAUAUCCAAUGAUGUAAUGUCAUCUCCAGGGUAUUCCUUCCGCUGAGUUGUGUGGUGUGUCAUUGUACCCCUGAGUUUACUCUGAACUAAUAGAUAACUGAUACAUUAGCACUACGUAGUGCUGUGAACCUAUACCCUAGUGCUGUCUUAGAGAGUAUAUUAUUUCUUGUGUGGUAAAGUAUAGUGCAAGUUUUCUCACUCUCAAAGGCCCUACGUCACCCACACACACACACACACACACACACAUUCACUCUAGAAGGAUUCACACACAGUAUGCCAGUCACCUUACACACACCCAUACCUUUACACCAGCAACAAGAGCUGACUGUGAAGUGGAUGCGGUACAUUGGCAAGACUUAAAUUUUCCUCCUAAACUACACAAGACAUGCAUACACACAUCAACUCUAUGUUAAUCUCCAUGUACGUUCUCAUGGACCUUGACUGCGUGUGUUAGACGGAGCGGCUCUAUUUUAUGCCUCCACAAAGGAGGACAAGAACGUGUCUCUACUGCACAAGUACCUCCUCCACAGAGCCUACGGACUCCCCUUCAAGGAACCCGCCUGCGUCGUCGACAAAGACGCCAUCUUCAUCCCCUCAGGUUGGGACACACAAAAGAAAAUCAGCAUCCUGUACGACCACAUGAAGGGAAUUCGACCGGGAGACCCCUACCAAUCUGUGAUAAUCCCACCAAAGACCUCGUCAACUGAUACAGAGGCACGUCCCACAAUGGCUGAAGACGACCAAGUCUACCUCCUUGCCCUACAGGUUCACUUGGUCCGGAGUCCCAAGGCGGGCGGAGGAACACCUACCAGUGCCGCAGCUCAAGUGAAGCCCACCACCACCACCCCCACCAGACCAGGCUCAGCUGCCACCGGAGCCAAGACCGAGGGGGCUGAAGGGAAGCAGACAGGGGAGACCGUCCUCGCUAAUUUCUUCAACAGUCUACUGAGCAAGAAGCAGACGGGCGGGGGAAAGGGCGGAGGCAGAACUGCAGCCGCUGCCGAGCUGGACAAACUCCAGAGCAGAAGAUAGAGGACCACGCCCACCUAUGACAUCACUACCAUUCAUACAGCUAGCGGUGGGAAACUUUUUCAGAUCAAUGAUAAUUAAUUAUUAUUAUUGCAAGCAACAGACACAUGCGUUGUUUAUAUUGCACUAUUUGAUUGGCAAAACGCAACUUUAAUACGAGUGUGUAUAAAUGUGAUGCAAUUCAACAUGUCAUGAUUUAUAGUGUGUGUGUUAAUAUACCUGUUGUAAAUUUUUGUUCUAGGUGUAAAAAUUUCCAAUUUUCGCAACUAUAGUGAGGGAAUUUUCCGCAAUAAAUGUAAUGGACGUAUUUUUUCGAAGUGUUAUGUGGGAGGGGUGGUUGCUAGGGGGAGUCCGUCGAGCCCUAGCAAUGGCUGAGUCAGCAGACGUGGGCCGUCACCAACAGAGGUACGGAUGAUGUAUUGCAGUAGCCCAGGGGUGGGGUCAAAGGUCAGCUUCAACUUUUUGGUAAAGUCAGAGUCCGUCCGACAAUCUUCAGAUGAAAUUCCUCUGAUGUAAUUCCGUUCAUUUCCUGGUGUUGGAGGAAAGUAGUGAGUCACCAGUGAGAUCAGUUCAGACAUUGUUUCUCUGAGACAGUAGAGGACGGCGUUUGGUCCAGCGUCAAACGUGUAGGCCACCCUCUCUUCUUGGUGCAGUUUGUUGU